ACAAGGGGGCUGCACGUAAGUCACUGGGGCCCUGGUGUCCAUUCCCCCUUCAGGGCAGUAGCUGGAGCCAGAGCUCUGUGUCUCAGCAGUGCUGGGGUUGAGGGUUGGACCCCCAGCUUGGUCCUCGGUGGGGCAAGGGAACAAGGGACCCGUUUGGCACCUCACAGAGUCACCCACAGCUCCCCUUGCCCUCAGGUUGCUGCAGGUAGAUUCGCAUUGUUGGGUACACGUCCCCCCAGCCAGGGGCAGCGCUCGGCUCUGGGGAGGGAUGCUUCCAGAGCAUGAGAUGUUCCCGCUGUCCCCUGGCCUUUCAGGCUAGGGACGAGGGCACAGCAGAGCAUCGUGGGUGGCACACCGGGCACUGGCAUGAGGCUCGGCAGGUCGGUGAAUGCUGUGGCGAGGACCACCGGCUUGGGCAGGCAGAGGCAGGCAGGUAGGCACCUUCUCCCACUCCGUGCCCGCCCUGCGGGGCUGGGGACAUGGGGAGUGAGCUCAGCCAGGGCCAUCCUCACAGGGCAGGCAGCACCCACCAACACUGCCCGCCACCGCCCCUCGCUUGACUCUGAGCGGCUCAAGAGGGCCCGGCUGUGCGUGGAGAGGGCCAUCAAGGAGAAAAAGAUCUUCACGGUGCAGGGUCCCUACCCCAUCAUCCGCAGCCUGCUGCGGGCCCGCGGCUGGGUGGAGAAGCAGCUCCCCAGAGAGGGCAGGGUGGGCAGCCGGCCAGAGCAGCAUCAUGGCAGCCAGGAGAAGCAGCUGGAGGAGGAGGAAGAGGAGAGAGGCAACGGUGUUGAGCAGGGAGAGGUUGUGCUGGAUCCACAGCCUUCCCUGGGGACCUCGAAGCCCCUGUGCUCCCUAUGGCUACCCGAGGAGGAGAUGGAAGAGCAGGAGGAGGAACAACAGGAUGAAGAUCCUGAUGGCUUCCACGACCUCAUGUCCCACCUGGUGCGGGACCAGGUGCCAUACUUCAUCUGGACCAACCGCUGCAGUGCCUUCCACUGCCAGCUGCUGCACCGUGACCAGGUGAUGAACCACUAUGCCCGGGUGGCCGCCUUCACCACCAAGAACGGGCUGUGUCUUAGCCUGCAAAACCUGCCCUUGAUUGACCAAGCUGACCCUGACACCUUCUUCCCCCGGUGCUACCGGCUCGGUGAUGUGGAUGACCAGAAAGCCUUCAUCGAGGAUUUCCACCUGACAGCUGCUCGCAGCCUGCUCCAAGUGGCCCUGGAGAGGGCUGAGGAUGUGCUGGUGGGGAUGGAGCAACCCCAGAAACCAGACGAGGGAGCAGCGAGGCCAGGGUCCCCCCUGCACUCCCAGCUGCUGGAGGAGGCCCUGCAGAUCUGUGAGCAGCAUCUGGGCAGCCUGGUGCACCAAGACAUCGACAGGGACCCCCCACUCCCACACAUGACGGGCUCCAACUGGGACUGCUUCCUGCAGGACUACUACCGCGUGGUGCACAAAGAGGCCAAGCUGAUGGUGACUGGGGCACAGCGGGAGCGGUGCCAAGCCCUGCUGCAGCGCCUGGCAGAGCAGCUGUCCCAGAUGGGCAUGGAGGGCAACCACAAUAUCUGGAUCCUCAAACCUGGUGCCAAAUCGCGGGGCAGAGGUAUCGUCUGCACCGCGCGGCUGGAGGAGGUGCUGCAGCUGGUGGGGUGCUCUGGAACACCUUGGGUGCAGCUGGGUGAGUGGGUGGUGCAGAAGUAUGUGGAGCGGCCGCUGCUCAUCUUUGGCACCAAAUUUGAUCUCCGGCAAUGGUUCCUGGUGACUGACUGGAACCCACUGACCGUCUGGUUCUACCGAGAGAGCUACGUGCGCUUCUGCUCCUGGCCCUUCUCCCUGUGCCACCUGGACCCUGCCCGGCAUCUCUGCAAUGUCUCCAUCCAGAAGCAGUACAAGCCAGCACGGGGCUGGCACCCCCAGCUGCCCCCUGACCGGAUCUGGUCCAGCCGUCAGCUCCAGGCAUACCUGGCACAAAUAGGGCGAGCAGAUGCCUGGCAGCAGGUGAUGGUGCCUGGCAUGAAGGCAGCAGUGUUGGCCGCCCUGCGCAGUGCCCAGGACCUGGUGGAGGCCCGCAAGGGCAGCUUCGAGCUCUACGGGGCUGACUUUAUCUUUGGGGAGGAUUGCCAGCCCUGGCUGCUGGAGAUCAACGCCAGCCCCACCAUGGCCCCCUCCUCGGUGGUGACCAGACGUCUGUGUGCCAGUGUUCAGCAGGACACGCUGCGUGUGGUCAUCGACCACAGGAAUGACUCCAACUGCUCCACUGGCGCCUUUGAGCUCAUCUACAAGGAGGUGGGCUGGGGCUCUGUGGGGCAGAUGCUCCCCAGGCACCCCAAACCCUGUGCUCUCCACUAUGUCCUCCUGCAGGUGGCCGUGCCCACGCCGCUGUACAGGGGGCUGAAGCUGAUGGUGAAAGGCUGCUCCCUGACAAAGCCCCAUCCGGCACAGCACCACUCUGGGGACAAGCCCCCCAUCACUGCGUCCGCUGGCCCUCAGCGCCCCACAUACCCCAAGCCUGGGAGCAGAGCCACCCAGGUCCCCCAGCCAGAAGUACUGCAGGAGGACCUGGCUGUUGUGGGGCAAAGGAGCCACCACUGCCGCACCAGCUCUGCCCCCCCAGCACAACUGCAGCCCCCACACUACUGUGCCAGGAGCCAGCGGCUCCUGCAGCUCAGCCACCCGCAUGGGCAGCCCCAGCCAACUCUGCCCCAGCUCAAUGUCAGUCACCCGCCCAGGAUGCCUGUCCCGCCACCCAGGGGUGCCCCCAACCGCCCCGGGGGACCCAAGGGCUGUCCCCCCUCCUCCCAUCCUUCUAGGGUGCUGCACCUCCCUGAGCUGGCACCCAGGGCUGGGACCCUACGCCCCUGCCUGUUGCAGCUGAGCCCUACUGCGAGGAGGCAAAUCGUGGCACCCAGGAAGCUGCAGAAGAACCGCGACCUGGGAGGACACCCAGGAGGGCACAGCACACUGCCUGUCCUACCUGAGGCAACGCAGCAGCACCCAGCUCCCCUUGACCCCAGACGGGCCCCCGAGCUGCGUGGGGGCACCCAGCCCGCUCCCCUGAGGAGCUGCAAAUCCCGGUUUUAACAGGAAGCCUGGCUCUGCCUCUUUGUGUGUAGUGGGUGCACGGAAUGGGGGGGGGGGGCUGCAGGCAGGAGCGGGGGCCACCAUGGCAGCUUCUUGGUUUGGGGCAGAAAGGGCGGGGAAAGAUGCCUCCAUUCCCGCCUGCCUGCAGCUGUGCCUGCCAGCCACGGCCCUGUACAGUGGUGACAACACUGCUGCCCUGGCAC